CGUCUCUCCUACCUCUUCGAAAUCUCGUCCAAUUCGAACGAGGCAACUGUCGAGAAGGUUGCUUUUCGGGGGAGCCAGCACCAAUGCUGAAAGAAGAAAACUGAGAAGAAUAAGAAGAAUGUCGAGUAGUCGUGUAAAGGAACAAGGAGUACACAACUAUGCUAUGAAGGCUUAGCUAUUAUAAACCGGUAACCGAGUUUAGCAACUUUCGAGUUAACUGGAAUAACGCGUGACGGUCAGUAAAUCGUCGACGGGAGUGAAAGAGACAACAUAAGAUACAACAUAAGAUAUUUUAUCCGCAAGCAAGUAUCAAACUAGAGCUAGCCGAAAGGAAGCUAACAGUAGAAGCUAACAGUAGAGAAGCUAACAGUAGAAGUGAACAAGAUACGUUCGACAAGUAAACGCAUUUCUGACUCUGCUGCCUGCCUAGUGCUCGAAUCCCUCAAGUGUUUCCACAGGAUUCGAGCGAUAAACACGCGAGUGUUAUCAUCCAAGUGUUAUUUUUACUUUAAUUUAUUUCUUUUUUUUCUUUUUCUUUUCAUUUUCUUUUCAUCAACUUCUCCAAAUAUCUCGAACUUGCAAACGUGGAUCACUCGGUGAAAGUUUAGCGCAAUGUUCAAAGGAUUCGCGAGAACGCGGACCGCGGUAAUAGGUGUAGUAGUAGUAUUAUUACUGAUUGGGCUCAACGGCCAUGAUCACGUAUGCGAAGGGUUACAAUAUCAACCCGUUGAAAUUUAUGAAAACAGCGACGAAUGUGCUUUGAUCCUGGAUGGUCCUGGAAGGACCAGUGUUUUCGAUUACACUUAUAAUUUACUUCGUGGAAAUUUUCCACCUACUGCGGGAUCGCAAACCUGUAUCACAUACGAUGCAGUUAAUCAUGCCUAUAUAGAGGCGAGGAAACGCAUCAACGUCGCACAACCCAAAAACGAAAUCUGGAGACCCGAAGAUCUGGCUACGGUCGGUGAACUUUUACUGGACAUAUCCAUUAAUCUAGCCCAAACGUACGGUCUGUCAUUCGAGGAAAUUGAGAAAAGUCUUCCAUUGAUUGACACAUCGAAAACAUUAAUACGCGAAGUUUGUCCUGCUUUUCUAAGCAACGUCGAAUGUAGACCAGGAAAAUAUCGAAGAUACGAUGGACUCUGUACAAAUUUACAAAAUCCAACAUGGGGUUCGACUCUUUCACCGUUCACCAGAUUGAUGCCACCAAGAUUCUCGGAUGGUUUAUCAGCACCUAGGAUAGCAGUAAGUGGACGAGAUUUACCAUUGUCUAGAAUAGUUUCACGUACUAUGCAUCCAGAUGAGGGAUAUCAUGACCACGCUGGUACUGUCAUGGUGAUAGCCUGGGGACAAUUCAUGGAUCAUGAUUACACGCUAACUGGAACACCUUUAGAUCCUUUAAAUCGUAAUGACCCCGAAGAAUGUUGUUCCCGUCCUCCACAUUUGAAGAAUCCUUACUGCAACGAAAUUCGUAUACCAGAAGAUGACUACUUCUACAGAUUAUUUAACGUCCAAUGUAUGGACUUUGUACGAGCAUUCCCAGCUGUUCGACCAGGUUGUCGUCUUGGAUCACGUGUACCUUUUAACUUGCUUACUGGAGUUCUUGAUGGAAACACUGUUUAUGGAAUUACAGAAAAUUUCGCUAGGAAACUGCGAAGUGGUUACGGUGGAUUGUUAAGAAUGAAUCCAGUUUUCAACGAGUACGGAUUGAAAGAUUUAUUACCAUUGAAAUUGGAUAUACCUGACGAAGGAUGCACUCGUCCGAAUAAGUCGAUGUACUGUUUUGAAGCAGGUGAAAUUCGUGUCAACGAGCAACUGGUAUUAACGUGCAUGCACACAUUAGUCGCUAGAGAGCACAACAGAAUUGCGAAGGUACUCACUCGUAUUAAUCCCCAUUGGGACGAUGAGACGCUGUUUCAGGAAUCAAGACGCAUAGUCAUCGCAGAAAUUCAACAUAUCACUUAUAAUGAAUUUUUACCAAUCCUUUUGGGAAAAGACGUCAUGGAAAAGUUUGGACUUCUUCUCGAGAAAAACGGUUAUUGGGAUGGAUACGAUCCAACAGUAAAUCCUGGUGUAAUCGAUGCAUUCGCUGCUGCUGCAUUCAGAUUUGGACAUUCUUUACUUCCCACUGCGGUUGAACGAUGGAGCAAAGCUCACAAAUUUAUUGCUUCCAAAAGAUUAUCGGAUCUAAUCAGAAGACCGUACGACCUUUAUCGUGCUGGAGUUUUAGACGAAUACUUUAUGGGACUGAUGAAUCAAGUUGCUCAAGCUAUGGAUGACUCUAUAACUCAAGAAGUAACUAACCAUUUGUUUAAAAAAGUUGGUGCCAAAUUUGGAAUGGAUUUGGUAUCAUUCAACAUGCAACGUGGACGAGAAUUUGGUAUACCCAGUUACAUGGAUUUUCGAAAAUACUGCGGAUUACCUGAGGCUAAUACUUUCGACGAAUUGUUCGGAUCCAUGCCAAACGAGACUAUUGGCCGCUACAGUUCAAUUUUCGAACAUCCAGCUGACGUUGAUUUGUGGUCUGGUGGUGUAUCGGAGCGACCACUUCCGGGUAGUAUGCUUGGGCCAACCUUCGCCUGUAUAAUCGCUACGCAAUUUAGCCAUUCACGACGUGGUGACAGGUUUUGGUACGAGCUACCAAAUCAACCAGCGUCCUUCACUCUCGAUCAACUCAAUGAGAUUCGUAAGACGAAGUUGGCUAAAAUGAUAUGCGACAACACAGACCUCAUAGACACCAUACAAAUAUAUCCUAUGGUUUUACCCGAUCACGAAAUCAAUCCACGAGUACCUUGCCGUAGUGGUGUAUUACCAAGUAUAGACCUGAGCAAAUGGGCCGAGUAUCCAACGAGCCACGCCACGCAAUACCGUUUGGUGGAGGAACGUUUGCUUGACGUGCCGGGACGUCCGGUGAAUGCGGACACGGUACGGGACCACUACGAGAAACAGGACGCUUUGCGAAUCUUCUUUGAGAGUAUUAACGGCAUUGCUUCGUAUCUGGGCAUCACGAGAAAGUAAUGCGCGCGCGCACAAGCACACCAGAGUCCAUCGGUCCGUCCAUCUUCUGAUAUCAUUUUCGCAAAAGAAAAGAAAAAAAAUAAUAAACUUCGAUAUAUAUAUAUAUAUAUAUAUAUGUUUAUAUAUUUAACUGCAUAUACAUGCAUGCAUCAUACAUACUUACAUUUGUUCUGACGCCUUCUUUUUUAACAUUUAAUUAGACUGAUAUUUAAUAUACAUCUUUAAAUAAAUAAUAUAAAUGAAUCUUCGCGCGCGCGAUUGUAUAUAAAAAAUAUAUACAUAUAUAUAUAUAUACACACACACACAUGAUAUGAGAGUGUAAACUUGAUGUCACAAAACAUUUAAAGUAAAAUGUAUUUUGGAAUGAAAUAAUGAUUCAUUUGCCGUGCCAACUGAAAACGCGAUUGCAUAGCGAAGUGCAUAGCACUUGAUUACGAUAAGUUUUUUUUUAGCUGUCUAAGGUAUUACGUCGUAAAAUGCAUUAUGUAAAUAACGCCCUUGCAAUGACACAGAAAGGUACGUGAAGGAAAUUAAGAUAAAUGAAUAGAAAAAAACAACAAAACAAAGAUAAAUAAUAAAUCGAUCGUUUCUGCGCCACUGCACUGUGUAGCUCUCAUCGUAGUUAUUAAUUAUUAUAUUACUAUACAUGAUCUAUACGUAUACUUUGUACAUAUUAACGAGCAUCAAAAAAUAAAGUCACUUUGAUAACAGUGCCAUUAAAAAAUAACGAAUAUGCCUAUCAUCCUUAUUUCAUGAAAAAUAUCCAGUACCUUUGCAGAUUUAUUGCACAGUAGUAGAUUUGGUUCGCAAUAUUAUCAUUAAUGGUAACCCAUAGCCCAAUUUAAUACGUAA